GCGCAUGAUCGGGAUUUCGCGAGGACAUCGCUAUCUUAGGGCAGCGAGCCAUAUUCUUUUUCUGUGAAUUAUUGACAUUUUUGACAUUGAUGCCAUAAAUUAAAUUUUCUGAACGACAUAUUUGCGAAUGUAGUAUCUACCUACAAUUCUACAAUGUAAAGCUGUAAAACACCUUAACUAAUUAAAAUCGGUUUAAAUUUUACUCGUGAUCUUUCAUCUUACCUUAGUAUUAAACUAAUUCGAAGUUAUACGAUAUGGGCAAGCCGUCGUCUUUGAAAUCCGUUAGUUUUUUUUAUUUUUUUAACUCUUGUCAACGAAAAUGAAUAAACAGAAAUCAAAAACAUCACUAAAGGAUUCCAAAAUGGAAAUCAGAAGACUGUCUAAUGUCCAAAAAACCUUUCUGAAAAAAACGGGCAGACAAAGAUUGAACAGAACCAUCACAAAAGUAUUUAAAAAUUUACGUGAGAAUAAAAAAGCACUGAGUAAAAUUUCAGAAGGCACAAUCUCCUCAAACGAUUCCAAAUGCACAACAGUUAUAAACAACAAAAUACAACAGAAGACUGAUAGUGAUGAAAUGUUGGUCAUAAGCGAUGAUGAAGAUUGUUCUAUUAUAGCCUUUUCGCCAAAUCAGAGUAAACAGUGUUCGACUCCAAAGCCAAAGAGUUUGACUGGUAUGGACAUGAACCAUAAUCACUUGACAAACAAUGCGAAAGGCACACAGGAUUUAAAUGUAGAAACAAUUAAUUUAACUAAGGAAAUUAAUUCGGAUUCCUAUGUGACAAUAGAUUUAGCUGACAGCAAAUGUACAUUUACCAGCGAUGAUGUUAUAUGCAUAGAUGACACAGUGAAGUCACCUGGUGACAGUACCUUUUCUGUAAGCGAUAUUGGACCUGUCGAGCUGGUGGACGAUCAGACCGCUAGUCAGGGAGCUAAAGGAAAUUUAAAGAAGUUUGGUAGAGGCUUAUUGAGAAAAAAAGCAGGAGUCAAGGAUUUAAAACAACAACCUCAGGAAUGCGAGCCAUUGAUCAAUUACUUAAACGAGGUUAUAUUAAGGCGUUCUCUAUCUGACAACAGUGUAGGAAGCAAUAUCUACCAUCCAAACAGGAAAAAUAUUAAUAAGACCGGUCUACGAAUGAUUGUGAUUGACGGUAGCAAUGUAGCAGUGCAACACAGCCGAUAUAAAUUGUUCUCCGUUCGUGGUCUGAAAAUAUGCAUUGAUUUCUUCUUGAACCGCGGCCACGUGGUCAAAGCAUUCGUGCCGAGAUAUAGGUGUAAAAACGGAAUGAGCACGGAUCCGAAGCUUCUGGACGCCUUGGAGAAGGUCGGGAACGUCGUGUACACGCCUUCCCGGGAGGUCGACGGCAAGUUCAUCACGCCCUACGACGACAGGUACAUAAUCCAGUGCGCCGCGGAGUUUGACGGGGUCAUAGUGUCCGGGGACAACUACCGUGACCUCAUCGACGAGAACCCGACGUGGCGUUACAUUAUUAAGAACAGGCUACUUCCGUUUACUUGGGUCGAGGAUAUGAUCAUGUUCCCCAAGGAUCCGCUCGGCAGAAAUGGCCCAACCCUCGACCAGUUCUUGAGGCAUGACCCACCCACAAAAUGAGGGAUUUAUAUGCCUUACCCCACCGAUUAUAUCGCCAACAUGACAUCUACACAGAAUUAACCCUUUUAGUGCAGACCUUACUUUGACACAUCUUCCAGAAAUUGCCAAAGGAUUUUUGACAAAACAAAUAUGUACCUUAUUGAUUUAAGUGUGCACAGAAUCUUAAUUAUGUCUCUCAAAUGUAAAUGGAUUUUUGUAAUUGUUUCCCUUAUGUGCAAGGGAUAUAUCAAACCACUGAAAUUAAACAUAUUUUUUAAUAUAACUGUAUUUAUUUAAUUAAAAAUAAAUAAUGACUGAGCAGUAGACGAUAUUCCGUCGCUCUGUACUCUAUACGCAUUAAUAGAGAGUCGAUCUAUCGACGGUUCGCGCUAUAAGGGUUAAGAAGUAUACGACAACAAAUUGCAUGGCAUACCGGAUUAUUUAAAUUAAAAUUCCACUUAUAAGACCCCGCAAUGGUCUAAGUAGUGAGGUUUAGUUUUGAUCUAAAUGAUCAAUUGAUUCAUUGUUUUUUUUAUGUUAACUAUUAAAGUUGUACAGGGAUUGCGAUUACUAUUAAUUAUAAAUAUGUAAGAAUAAAAAAUUGACUUGAACCAUUUCAUUACUUCAAAACAUUCGAAGUUUAAUGUUAAAUACUCUUAGUCUUUUGUGGAUUCCUUUGUAAAAUUGGAGACACGUGUCUUCACGAAAUUGUAUCUGUCUAUAAUUGAGACAGUAUAAUAUAGAAUAGGACUUUUUAAAAUCUAGCCAAACCAUUUUGGAUGUAAAAUAUACUAAAUAAUAUGAUAAAUUAAAUAGGAUAACACAUGAAACAUUAAAAUUUAAAUUAUGAAACUACUUAAAAUGUCCCACAUACUACAUACAGUGUAGGGGCAUGUUUUUACUGAUGUAUUCUUUAAUGAUGUGAAGUCUUUUAACCUCAAGCCUCAAGACUCAAGAUUGACGUGGCGCAUUCACAUUUUGAUCUCAAAGAUCUAUUAUGAUCAGCAAUAGGUUGAACUGAGUCAGAGCUCAACUCUGAAUAUAAAAAAAAAAUUAUUAAACAUUAAAGGUGGGUUGUGUUAUACGACCUUUUUUUUUUAAAUACCCUCAAAAUUUUGUAACCUUCAAUUUUGGCAACUAAGACUUCUUAUGGCUCUUUAUCGUGAACUUGGACAAUAUUGAAUAAGCGAUACGCUUUAUUAAGUCUUCCGGUCCAUGAAUUUAGGGGAAAUGUGGGCAUUUUUUGGAGGAAAGUGUUUUAAAAUUUCCGUAAAUGUGUAUUUAUGCAUUACGAGUUUCAAUAUUCAAUAGAAUAUUAUAUAAUUGACAGGAGUUAUACUGCUUCAGUCGAAUUAAGUUCGAAUCACUAUUCGCGUCGCCAAUAUACAUGAAAGUAACAUUCUAGCCGAACAAUGUACUACAUAAUAUUUACAUCAAUAAAGAUUCACUUGAUGAUGACCGGUUUUUUUUUUUUUGAUAACGCCAUCUUGUUGUGUCUUUAAAGCGGUUAGUUGCCCUCAAUUAAGAGAAAUAGUAUUAUUAUUCGCCAAUAGAUGUCGGGAAGAGUUGAUUAUCGAAAACACGAAUAAAACAACAUUUUCUGAAAAUAAAUCGUAGCUAGAUCGAUUUAUCGCCCCCGAAAUCCCCUGUAUACUAAAUUUUAGUACGUGGCAAAUCAUGGUUAGUGAUAGUAAAAAGGUAUUUUAUAUUUAAAGUGAUCUACGCGCCGCAUGUUAUAGGGGAUUUGAAACAAACACAAAAUAAUACUUGAAUGAGCUUUUGAAAAAUACUCGAAUGCUUCGAUGAACGUAAAGAGAAUUAAUUGUACUGUAAUAUUACAAAGCAAAAAGAAGCAAUUUUUUUAAAGAGCUAAAAUAUUUUAAAAGUUGUCAACAUCCUUUGUAAAUAUCUCAAUAAAAACCUAGCUUUUAACUUAAGAUGUGAUGCAUGCGGCAUUUUGUGUUCUAUGGGAAUGAAAAUAAAACUUUGGUUUUUUUUUUAGAUAUUUUUUCAAUUAAUCCAAAUCCCCGAGUAUUUUUACAAUUUACUCGUAAUAAUGAGCACUGCCUUUGAAUGAAGACUUAAAAUGUUACUGAAUUAAGAACGUCAUUAAAAUAUUCCAAUACUGAAUAAAUACAAUAUUAUUAACUGAGAUAUAAGCUAAGUCAAAUAACUUUGUUGCUUAGUUAAAUAACGGCACAAGUCAACGUUUUCUUUUUACGCGAUUGUGAUCCUACAUUGAUGUAGAAUCAAUACAUUAGAAUGUAAUAUUUGCGUGGCUUAAAAUUUUCUCCAAUCUCCAAUCGAAUCUGUCAAUGAAUUGAUGACCGAACUACUCGCGUAUGUGGAACAUUACUGUCCUAAUCACAAAUCAAAUUUAGAUUUUAUUUCAGCCUAAUAUUGUGUCACUGAUAUCGGAUAUGUCAAAAUUUAUUCACAUCAUCAUGUCGCAUAAAAAAAUCACAUAUAUAAUCUGGCAACUCAGAACUAAGUGACGUUGGCAACACCACAGUCUGUCAGAUGAAUGUUCCAUAGAGAAACUGUUUUUUUCUUCGAAUAUAUUUUUAAACGGGAACAAGUUCGACCCACCUGAUGUUAAGUGGUCACCGAAGCCCAUAGACAUCAACAACGUAAUAGGCGCCGGUAAUAUUGAGGCACAAGUUCUAAGUCACAUUUUUAUAGUACAACGGCCGUCUCAAACCAAAACGCAUUUCUGCUUCAGAAAACUUAAGGUGAGAACCACCUACCCAUCUGUAUGAACUCAUAAUCACUAAGUUAUAUUUACUGAUUUUUCCUUUUUCUUUGUCUCAGAGAGUUUGUAGAGGUUGUUUACUGGUGGUAGGACCUCUUGUGAGUCCGCACGGAUAGGUACCACCACCCUGCCUAUUUCAGCUGUGAAGCAGUAAUGCGUUUCGGUUUCAAGGGUGGGGCAGCCGUUGUAAUUGUACUGAGACCUUAGAACUUAUAUCUCAAGGUGUGUGGCGCAUUUACGUUGUGGAUGUCUAUGGGCUCCAGUAACCACUUAACACCAGGUGGGCUGUGAGCUCGUCCGCACAUCUAAGCAAUAGAAAAAAACCUCUGGAAGCCAUCCCAUUAUUAAAUUAUAAAUAAUAUACUACUUCACACUAGAAGUCGAUUUUUUAUUAAUCUGUUUUAUUGCAAUUGUUCUCUUAUGCCGUUAUUUAAUUUAACCACCGUUAAAAUACGUAUAUUAAAAUUAAAGGUAAUAAUAUUAUUAAUAGAUUGAGCAUGGCAACUGUGACGAGAUUUUGUUACAUUUUUUGAUUGAUGCAGAUCAAAAGGAAAAUGUUUUAAAAUAUUAUCAGAAACUCCAAAUUAACUUUAUUAUGAAAAUAAUAUAUUCUGAGCUUUUAAGAUCUAAUGAAUGUGAAGAUUGAGGUCGUAUUGUGAAUGCAAUUAGGUUUUUUUUUAAUGAGAUGUAGUUUGUGAUUUUGUAUACAUAAUAAUAUUUUUAGUGAAGCUUUGCUUGCUUUGAACAUUUGUUUUAAAAAAGCGCUUAGUCAAAGUAAGAUAUUGGAAAUAUGUAUGAGUGAAAUUAGAAGUUUGUGUUCUUCUAUGCCUCAUUAUGUUAUUUUAAUGUUUUUUUUUUAGAAUUAAUUAGAGAUAUAGUAUGUCAAUAUUUUUAGGUAUUGUACCUAAUAUAGUAUAUAGUAGUAUUAUAAAGGUGAUUUUUCUAGAAGUUUGAUAAUUGUGUUAUUUUUUAUAUUUUAAUUUGUACAGAUGCCUAUGAAUGAUUUGUGUAAUACGUAGGAAUUUUAGGUUAAAUUUUAAUUAAAACCUAAAACAUACGGCAUACAUUGGCAAUGUUAGUUUUCUUAAUACAUUUAUUGUUUGUAGCGACUUUAAUACUUAAAUUUGAUGUAAAUUAAACGUUUAAUGAUG